UUACUCAACUAUUUACGUAUUUCUAUUUCAGAUGCUUCAACUGCCAGAAAUCUUGAACUGUUACAAAAUGCAAGAGACGCUAAAAGCGAGCACUGUUUGUACGGUAUUAUGAACUACACAAAGACCCCUGGAGGAUCUCGUCUUUUACGCUCUAACAUACUACAGCCACCAAACGAUCUGGAAACAAUAAAGAUGAGACUUGAUUGUGUUACUGAAUUAACUGAGAAAGAGGAAGUGUUUCAUAACUUAAGAUCAGUGCUCGGACGUUUUCUUGAUGUGGACCACCUAACAUCUAUGUGCGUACAAAUCCCUAAGCAAGAAACAGUAAAAACUGCAGAGUCCAAAAUCACUGCCAUCAUAUCCCUUAAACAUACAUUAGAACUUGUGGAGCCAUUAUGUGAGGCCCUCAAAGAAACUGAAACACCGCUACUUAAAGCAUAUCAUGAGUCGCUUAAUGAUCCGCGAUUUAAAUCAGUGGCUGAAAAAAUCCAUGCGGUAAUUCAUGACGAUACACGUUAUCAAAAGGGAACCCUUAACAUGAGGACUCAGAAGUGCUUUGCUGUAAAGCCGCAUGUAAAUGGACUUCUUGAUGUUGCCCGACGGACAUACACUGAAACUGUUGAUGACAUUACAGAUCUUAUCAAACAACUCUCAGAAAAAUACGAGCUACCUCUAAAAACGGGUUUCAACGCCACCAGGGGAUUUUACAUCCAGCUUCAACUUAAUCGUGAUAAUGAUAUAGACACGAGUACACUUCCAAGUGAGUUCAUCAAAGUUGCGAAAGUUAAAAGUACAGUAACGUUUUCUUCUGUCGAUCUGAUUAAAUURAAUGACAGAAUCAAGGAGUCACUGAACGAAAUAUACCUGAUGGCUGAUGUGGUCGUGUCGGAGCUUCUACGUGAAAUUCGUGAUCACAUUGGAUGUCUGUAUAAAUUAGGAGAGCUUGUUAGUACCUUAGACAUGCUAACAUCUUUUUCCCACCUGUGUACGCUGUCGGACUACGUUCGACCGGAAUUUACGGAUACAUUAGCAAUCAAACAAGGACGUCAUCCUAUUCUGGACAAGAUUCUCCCUGAAGCUCCUGUUGCUAACAACAUGUACGCAGCAGAUGGUACGAACUUUUUCAUCUUAACUGGGCCCAAURUGAGUGGGAAAUCUACUUAUCUAAAGCAAGUGGCACUCCUUCAAAUCAUGGCACAAAUGGGUAGCUUUGUUCCUGCUCAAUAUGCUUCUUUCAGAAUCGCUGAUCAAAUCUUCUCCAGGAUUGGGAGUGAUGACGACAUUGAAACAAACUCGUCUACCUUCAUGGUCGAAAUGAAAGAAGUGAACUACAUCUUGCAGAACGCUUCUGAAAAAUCCCUGAUAAUAAUCGAUGAACUUGGAAGGGGUACAAGUAGCGAAGAAGGUGUUGGAAUAUGUUUUUCGAUAUGCGAGAACCUCUUGGAAACAAAGGCUUUUACAUUCUUUGCCACACACUUUCUAGAGUUGACUGCCAUGGAUGAGCUCUAUCCAAACGUUGAAAACCUUCACUUGGAAGUUCAGAGAUCCUUCAGUGACGAAGCUGGUUGUAACAAGAUACUGUAUUCUCACACGCUGUCAAAGGGACGCACAGAAGAAAGACACUACGGAUUACAGCUAGCUGAAAUUUCAACUUUGCCGUCGUCGAUCAUCAAGUCGGCAAAAGAGGUUUCAAAUACCAUUUCCAGAGGUGAAAAGUUGUCGAAUUUGCUGUCUCCAGAAGGUCGAGUUCAAAAAGCCAAAUUCCGGUUGGCAACAAAACUGUUCCAAGCAGCCAACAACUCACGUCUGGAUAAACAGGGUUUGUGGUUAUAUCUUAAUGGAUUGAAAAAGCAAUACCUUCAGGAUAUCAAACAAACAGAAGAGUAGGCAAAACCUAUGCUAAUACUGCAA